AUGAGUGCCAAAAAAAUCCGUCGUUUCGAGGAACAACAACCAUCUGAUAAUGUUGAAGAGAAAAAAAAUCCCAUCGAUAUCCUGGAUUAUGAUUCAUUAUCACAAAUAUUCAUGCAGCUGACAAUAUCUGAAAGAAUGGUCAUGGAAAAAGUUUGUUGCAAAUGGAAAGAGGCUUGUAAACUAGCUUGCUACUUGAAAAUAACGUGUAGAAAUGCCAAUGAAGGCUUAGCUGAAAGUGCACUGCAAAAAUUGACAGAAUUAAAAAAUCUUGAAUAUUUAAUAUUACCUGAUGGACUUAAACUCAGUGGUGAAACAAUAAUGACAAUUUCAAAUAAUUGUAAAAAACUUAAACAUUUAGAAAUGACUAAUUGUACGAUAAAUACUGUAUCGGCUCUCGAUGAAAUAUCAAAAUUGCAACAUCUUGAAUAUUUGAAUUUAUCUGAUGCUAAAGAUUUCAAUGAAUUUAUUGUCAGAUUAAAACGAUUUAAAUCUUUGAACUUUCAUAGUUGCAAAAAUAUCACCGAUGAUGGUAUUGUUCAACUCAUAAAAAAUUGUCCAGAUCUUGAAGAUCUUAAUCUUCGAUUGAGUGAUAUUACAUUUUCUAUGAUUCUUGAAGCCAAUCAUGAAAGCAGAAAUCCUAUUAAUAAUAUUAUAUCGUUUCUUAAAAUCAUUGAAUUCUAA